AUGCUGUUCAAAGAUGCAUUCGAAUCUUUAAUUCAUAAGAAUCACAAGUUGUCAUCCGUGCAGAAAUUUCAGUAUUUGCGUAGCUCAUUGAAGGACGAAGCGUUGCAAGUCGUAAGUGGUUUGAAUACAUCAGCGGCAAAUUAUCAAGUUGCAUGGGAUCUGAUGACAAGUCAAUAUGGAAAUAAGAGAUUGAUAAUCAAUAGUCAUUUGGCAAAGCUUUUGGAAUUCCCAAGCUUAACAAGGGAUAAGCAUACGUCUUUAAGACAGUUCAUUAUGCAUCUUCGUACACAUCUUAAGGCUUUGGAAGUAUUAGAACAGCCGACAGAUCAGUGGGCUACUUUAAUCAUUUUUCUAGCAAGAGGUAAGCUCGAUCAUCACACCCAGCACACAUGGGAAGAGGAGGUAGGGCAGCAAGAGCCAGAUCACAUGCCCACCGUCGAAGAAUUUCUUAAAUUCUUGAGUGAGAGAUGCCGCACACUGGAAAUGCUGGACAACAACAAGGCUAAGCCAGAUGUGGGCUCUAAAGGUAACACAAACAAGAAGGUUGACAAACGUGUCAUAGCAGCAGCAGUUACGUCGCAGGGAUGCAGCUUAUGCAAGGAAAGCCAUCGCUUGUAUGACUGCGCGGAGUUUUUGAAACUUUCUGCCCAAGAUCGGCUAGCGGAAAUAAAAAGGAAACAAUUAUGCAUAAAUUGUCUAAGAGCAGGACACUACUCAAAGGAUUGUAAGUCCUCCACUUGUCGCAAGUGCUCAAGGGCACACAACACUCUCUUACACAUGGAGCAGACGAAGAGCAACCAAUCGGUAAACAAGGAAUCCGAUAAUCCAUCGCAGAAGAACUCAGAAACCGCUGAAGGAUCAAGAGUUGCGCCGUUAAAGACACUAACAUUAGCCAAGUUGGAACUUUGUGCAGCUCUCUUGUUGGCAAAGCUUCAUAGGACGGUUUAUGAAGCACUCGGAAACAGAAUAAACGAGUCUCAUUUGUGGACUGAUUCUACAAUUGUAAUAAGUUGGAUACAUACGUGUCCAAGCACUCUAAAAACGUUUGUGGCUAAUCGAGUCUCGAAGAUUCAGAGACUUACUUCUCAAGUCGCGUGGCAUCAUGUGCCCUCUGAUAGGAAUCCCGCAGAUGUCUUGUCAAGAGGAACUACAACUAGCGAAUUGAAGAACAAUCAUUUGUGGUGGUAUGGGCCAAAUUGGCUUCCGCGGAGGGAAGAUUGGCCUGAACAACCAAGAAGAAUAGUAGACUUACCAGAGAAGAAAAUUGUAAACGCUCUAGGAGUAACGGUUACUCAACCUACAAUUUGCCAGACGUAUCCUCGUUUAAACUAA